AUGGCGGCUUCACACAAAAAAGCCCGAGUAAAAAACGUGUCUUUAUGCCGCUGGAUUGUGAUUGGUGUGUUUGGUUUUCUUUUGUUAGUCUUGUGUUUGAGGACAAACACAUUUAUAGAUUUAGCAGGUAGAUAUUCAUCAGAUAGCACCACCUAUGGAGGAGAAAGCCUAGGAUCUCCUUAUAACUACACUUUAAUUUCCAGCAACAAGAACUUGAAUCUCCCCAAACAAACCGAAUUAUCGAUUUCGCUCGAAAAACAAAAUCAACUCCCACCGAAGAACUUGGAUUUGUACCCCACUCUCCCCAAGAAUCACAUAGUCAUCGUUUUGUACGUUCACAAUCGGCCCCAAUACCUCCAAGUGGUCAUCGACAGCCUCUCCCGAGUCGAGGGCAUUAGCGAGACCCUCCUAAUCGUCAGCCACGAUGGGUCUUUCGAGCAAAUGAACAGAAUAAUCGAGAAUAUAAGAUUCUGCCGUGUGAAGCAAAUCUUUGCCCCUUUCUCCCCUCAUUUGUUCGAAAACUCCUUCCCGGGUUUCUCUCCCAACGACUGCAGAGAAAAAAACGAUCCCCCCAAGAAAAAUUGCAUAGGGACGCCCGACCAAUAUGGAAACUACCGUUCGCCUAAAAUCGUGUCACUCAAACACCAUUGGUGGUGGAUGAUGAAUACCGUGUGGGACGGGCUAAGGGAGACUCGGGCUCACUCGGGCCAUAUCCUGUUCAUAGAGGAAGACCACUUCAUUUACCCCAACGCUUAUCGUAACUUGCAGCUUCUUGUGAAGCUGAAGCCCGAAAAAUGCCCACUUUGCUACGCGGCUAAUCUUGCCCCGUCUGAUGUAAAGUCGAGGGGAGAAAACCAUGCCCACUUAGUCGCUGAGCGGAUGGGGAACGUUGGGUAUUCGUUUAAUCGGACGGUGUGGAGAAAGAUUCAUAAAAAGGCACGCGAAUUCUGCACGUUCGACGACUAUAACUGGGAUAUAACGAUGUGGGCCACUGUUUAUCCAUCUUUUGGGGGCCCGGUGUACACGCUGCGGGGCCCCAGAACGAGCGCGGCCCAUUUCGGGAAGUGUGGGCUGCAUCAAGGCCAGGGAGAACAAACGGCGUGCAUUGAUAACGGGGCUGCGAGUUUCAAAGUCGAUGAUGUGGAUAAAGUUGUUAGUGUGAGGUCCGAUUGGGGUGUGCAAGUGUAUGAGAAUCAAGACGGUUAUCAGGCUGGGUUUAAGGGGUGGGGCGGGUGGGGUGAUGGCCGAGAUCGUAAAUUGUGUUUGGAGUUUGCAAAGAUGUACCGGACCUGA